CAAACAACUUAGAAAGCUGUGGUUAACGGGCAAAUCAAUUUCAUAUUGUUCUCAAUGUGACGUCAUCAAUGACGAAGUGAACUUUCGAAAUCAAUUGAAUUUUGGGAGUUGUUUGAACAUUGACUCAUUCUGCACUUCGAUAUUGAAAACAGUCGUUUAAAACAUUAUAUUUUCAGGUUUUUCCCCCAUUUUCCUAACCCCACUUACCAAAUUUACCACUGACAUUCAGUCAAGGUGUUUUUUGUUAUGAAAAGACACUUAGGUCUAACAAAAUGUUUUGGCCUGGAAUUUUUUCAAUUUUCCUUUUUCUCCUUGUUUGUGUUGAAUUGGGAUGGGCGUUUGAGUUAAAAUUGCAAUGUGAUGAUCCUAUUGUUUUGGGGGCCACUGUGCAAUGUACUGUUAGUGUUUAUGAUGAAAGUGGGCAGCCGUUGACUGGUGAAACGUUUAAAUAUACGUGGAAGGACGAUGCUAUUCCGCAAAAUAACAGAGAAAUACAAAAAGUGUCUACAACGGACGACUGGUCAGUUACAUACAACCGGUCGGUGUACACAUCUGGUAUAUAUAUUAUCAGAGUGGUUGUAUGCAAAAUAUAUUUAUCGUUCAUAUGUAUUUCUUCAAAUUCACAAGGGACGUUCAUCAAUGUCUCAGACUCGCUUAAUGGACAGCUUGUAGUCGCUCAACGAAAUGAAACCCGCGCCGGUUUUGUAUCUGUAACCGAUACCGUCCGGUUUAAUACAGUUCUGAAAGCUGCAGACAAGAAUUACGUCUCCACAGCACCUACAGUAUUGUCUUACUGGUUUCUGGAUUGCGUUUACUAUGGGAUUACAACCGAUAUGCAAUUCGAGUUUAAUUUUACGAAAACCGACGAGCAUCACAUUAUUGAGACGCUUAUUAUGGGAGAUUUUUCACCCUUGCCUCCUCCCGUCACUCUUCCACCGUCUACCACUAGUACUCCACCAACCACUACUACGAAAGGAUCCACUACAACUGCUGGAACUACCACAACUUCUACGACCACCCUAAAGCCAAAAUCUGUGUCUAAACGCGAUGUGGCUAGUGGGACUAUCGAACUUAACUUCACCACUACAGCUGGCAAUAAGACAGAGUCGAAUAUAAAAAUGUGGCAAAAUGGAACUUUAGUACCCUACAACGCAUUAUUCCCUUAUGUAUGCAAUAGCACUGCUGUCGUCACUGAUCAAACAAAGGUGCACGGCUUUUUCCAGAGUUCGUUUAUUACGAAAGCUCCCAUUUCAAAUGUUACUGUAUCUGGUAACAACUGGCUACAACAUGGUGAGCUUUUGAGCUUAAAUAUCAAGUGUCAAGGCUCGGAAAAAAUCCAGUUUUGCUACUUCUUUAAACCAGGAUUAUAUAAUGUCACUGGCAACGAAACUUGCGAACAUUUCAUCGAGUUGGAGACGUGCGAAUUUCCCAUUCGCAGAUACCUCCAGGACAAAUACACUGUGAUCAUUAUCAUUAAAAAUGACGUGAGCAAAAAGAUCACACCUGUUGCUGUAACUGUUUAUAAGGUUAAGCAGCAGUCUCAGCUAUCAGUGAUAGUCGUGCCAGUGGCUUUCAGCCUGGCUGCAGUGGUUUCAAUUGUAUUUGGAAUAGCAUAUUAUCUACAAAAUAGGUCCAGAUUUGUAGUAGAAGUUGCCGAUUUCGACUUCGGUGCAAAAUACGCAGACAUGGAAUACAAAACGUUCAAGGAUCGAUUGAAAGACUCAAUCGUAAAUGCGUUUACUAGGGACCCCAUGCCGACCACCUCAGAUGCUCCGAUAUGGCCGCCUAGCCAUAAGUACGGCAGUAUGACGUAAUGGGAUUUGCAACAGACAUUUAUUAAACCUGUGAAAUUAGUUUUUAGUGAGAUGUAGUUUACUCAUAUAUGAAACUUAUAGUAUGCAUAAGCUGCAAGCGCUUAGAGUCGUCGAAAAGUUGCUUAAUGUCUGAAUUAUGCUCGGGGGUCAAGUAAAUUCGGCUAUUUGAAGAAUUUACGAUAAGGUCUUUAAACGCGACGUUCGGUUAUGUUUACUGAAGUUUUAGGAGAAAUGUAUAUAUUAAAAGCUUAUUGGCAUAAGAGGCAGGAAAUUUGUUGUUACCGUAAUUAUUUAUCAAUAUAACUACUUUAUUUUA